UUUCUGCGCCCUUUCCCUCCUCUCCUUCCUCUCCAAGAAAAAGGAAACGCGGCGAGCAAUAACCACCGCCGCCGCGCACCUACACCCCACGCCCCCAUAUGAGUGAAGAACCCCGCGCCUUCCUCUCGGCGAGUACGGUAGGAGACUAGAGGAGCAGCAACGACGUGAAGGAAGGCUAUGGUGCUGCCGCUGGUGAAGCUCGGCUCGCUCGCGUUCCGGACGCUGAGCAAGCCCAUCGCGGCCCGCCUCAAGCACAGCGCCGGCAUCCACCCCAAGUUCCGCGGGCUCAUCAUCGGCAUCGCGCAGGCAAACCAUCGUUUCACAACAAAUAUGCAGAGGCGACUAUAUGGACGUGCGACUGACAUUCACAUUCGGCCCCUGAAUGAGGAGAAAGCUAUUCAAGCUGCUGCAGAUCUUCUUGGCGAACUAUUUGUUUUCUCGGUCGCUGGUGCUGCAAUUAUCUAUGAGGUGCAAAGAAGUGCUAGGUCAGAAGCCAGAAAAGAGGAGACCCGAAAGCAGGAAAUCGAGGCGAUCAAGAAAAGGGAGGAGGAACUAGCCAUCGAAGUGCAGCUCAUGAAACAGAGGAUCAGCGAGAUGGAGCGGCAGUACGUGAAAUGGAGUCUCCCAGGCUUUCGCGGCUUCAGCACUGCCCAUGCAGCAACAGCAGCAAAGCCUGGUGCUCAGCAGCCAACGGCUGGUUAUUGGGCAUGCGUUGGGUCAUAGGAAGGUCCUUCAGCGAGGCGCGCCAGCGAACUGAAGGCCAUUUGUUCUUCCCCUGAUUGAUAUGCCCAAGAAAAGUCUUGGAGCUGAGGUGAUGUACUAGUGUACCCGCAUCUCGUGAUAUUUCUGCUUUACAGUGGCUUCUUGUUCAGAUCUGAUCGGCAGAUGCUUUGCUUUAUUGCUUUUUAUUUUGUAAA